GAGUGAGUAGACACCACUGUGGGAGGGGUUACACACUGAUAUGUAAUGCUCCAUACCGCAUUACUCGUUAGCAACAUUAGCCUCGUACCUCCAGUGCAGAACCUAAGAAGUGAACUAGACAUAUAACAAUUUAUACUGCAUAUAUGAUUAAACUGAACAAUUUAGGUUUUGAAGCAAAAUUAAGAACUGGUGUAGUAUAAAAUCAAUUUUUCCCUUUUUCCUCCAUCUCUUUCCUCAGAGGCUCCAUGCUGAUGGAUGAAGAGUGUGUGUCAGUCGCAGACCAGCCGGUGUUUAACAGCGUCUCAGAACAGCGUUCGGUGCUGCUGGUGUGUGAAGGUCAUGGUGAUCAGAUCCUCAGCGUUCUACGCGCGUUUCGUGAGAAAGGCAUGCUCUUUGACUUCCACAUUCAUGUUCAGGAUGAGAUCCUGCCGUGCCAUCGCUGUGUCCUCGCUGCUUGUAGUGACUUCUUCAAGGCCAUGUUCGAGGUAAACAUGCGAGAGUGUGAUGGUGGCUCGGUCACACUGAGUAAUCUCUCCCUGCAGGCUGUUCGCAGUUUUCUGGACUUUGCGUACUUGGGCCAGAUGGAAAUCAUGGAGGAAAACGUUGAUAUGCUUUUCCAGCUAGCAUCUUUUCUACAGGUGAGUGUGCUCUCCCAGGCCUGCAGUGAUUUUUUAAUCCAGACGCUUGACCACUCUAACUGUCUUCACCUAUUGGCCAUUGCUGAGGGAUACGGCUCGUCCUGCCUUCUGCACCAUGCUACUGAGUUUGUGAUGGCCAACUUCCAUGCACUUUCCUCUAGUCCAGACUUCCUGGAGAUGCCUGCAGGAAUUCUGCGGCACUGCCUAGUCUCAGAUUCACUCAAUGUGCCAGACGAAGAAUGUGCACUGCGAUCCCUGAUCCAGUGGACUCAACAUGACCUGCAAUUUCGGUGUAGUUUAUUUCCUGGGCUCCUCUCGCACAUCCGACUGCACCAUCUUGCCCCUGCCAAGCUGGAGGAAAUGGGCCAGUCUGAGGCACUGAUACUGAAGAGUGAUGAAUGUUACAGAGCAGUGAUGAAAGCAUUGGCACAAGUGACAGAGUUUAGUGGCCUUUUCCCUGACGCUCGUCCAUCCACAAUAUCCAGCUACAUCUAUGUGUACAAAACAGAGGAAAACGGUGAGACGCGUCACACAUUCUGCUAUGAUGUGGCAGCCAACCACUGGCACCAGCUGCCAAGCUCCGAGCUUGCUGACCUCCCUGGCUCAUCCAUUACCAGUUUUGGAGAGAAGCUGUUUGUCAUUGGAGGAUGCCGAGGCAAAUGUUGCAGGACGGUGAGACUUCACAUUGCCGAGACAGAGCAUGAGGCUACGAGGGAAGCAUGGUGCUACUGUCCUAUCACAGGAAAAUUUGUAGAAAUCCAGGCCAUGCAAAGUCCACGAACCAUGCAUGUCUCUGUCUCUGCCCUGAAUCACAUUUAUGUCAUUGGUGGUAAAACUCUUGGAAUGCAUGGCCUCCUAGAUGUGGAGUGCUAUGACCCACUAGGGUAUACAUGGAAGUCUGUGAGUCCAUUACCACGCCGGAUCUACUUCCCAGAGGCGGCAGUGUGUGGUACUAUCAUCUACACUCUAGGCUCUGAGCUGGAGACCUCUGAUGCUUUCAACCCAUCACUGGACUGUUUUUUCCGCUACGAUGCUGAAGCUAAUCAGUGGUGCCAGCUGGUAACUGAGUUUGGCCAGUUCUUUCAUGCCACACUUGUUAAAGCUGUGUCUAUUAAGAUGACACUCUACCUGUGUGAUCUGUCCACAUAUAAGGUGUACAGUUUCUGUCCAGAGACUCAUGUGUGGAAGAGUGAGGGCUCUUUUGAGUGUGCAGGCUUUAAUGCAGGUGCUGUAGGAGUGCAGGAAAAAAUCUACAUCCUGGGAGGGGAUUAUUCUCCUGACGAGAUCACAGAUGAGGUGCAGGUUUAUGACAGCAAGCAGAGCGAGUGGCAGGAGGUGGCGCCGAUGCCAUGUGCAUUAACUGAAUUUCACUGCCAGGUGAUCAGCUUUAACCACUACCGAGAUCCAUGGAGAUCUGAACCUGCUGAGAUGCAAUAAACACACAAACACACAAUAAGUGAUGCAGUUGCUCAGACACUCAUGUUCUUACAGGCACUAAACAACAAUGUACAUUUAUGUUUGCAAACACAUUUUUCCACACAGACCUGUAUGUGCAGUCUCACACUUAGACUAAAAUAAUAAUAUAAAAUGCUGUAGCCUUUAGCGGAAGUGCUAGCCAGAGAGUAAAAUGCUUGCUUUAAGACUCCAGUAAUUGCAGCCCAUUUUUGUGUGUGUGUGUAGUUG